GUUUAAACUACUAACGUUAUCGUGUCAAAUGAUGCUCACUACCAGCUAAUAACUUUUAACUAUUUAGUUCAACGUUAUAAAUUGCAAUUGAAUGUGAAAAUGUGGAUUUUCAAAAAUCUUGAAAAGAUAGAAAAACAAACGGAACUUAUUCAUUGAUAUUUUCAAUGCAUUUUGUAUUUAUAACGAGGAUUACAUAGAAAAAAAACAACAAUAAUGUCGUUCAUAUCAAAUGACAAAAAGUACGAAGCUGUCUCGAGCACAAAUGCCUCGGUCGUUUAUGCCACGGUGUCAGGAUUCGCUGAGAAAAAAGCCAAAUACUGGUUUUCAGACUAUGUUUUUGUCAUUGAAGUUUACUGGACUAACAAACAAACAACAUACAUUAAAAGAAGUUACGGUGAUGUCAUGAACUUAUACGGCGAUCUUAAAGACCAUUUUAGUAACAAAUACGAAAAAGGACUCAUUAAAACACCCGCAUUUAUCCCGAAAUUAGAAGGUAAAAGUUUUCUUCAAAAGAACAGUGUAGGGCUAGCUGAGCAUAGAGAGAUUGAACUUCAAAGCUUCUUCAAACAGCUUCUAGAAAGCAAUCCUUUGAUCAGUAGUAACAAGGUUGUGGUAGACUUCUUCACUAGACGUAAAACAGAUCCUGUUCCUUGUGAAACAUCCCAGCAGUUUGAAGACACGGAAGACGAUUUUGAUGAAGAUAAUGACGAUAUUCUGUUUGACAGAUAGAAAAACUGGUUCAACUUUGUAAUAAAAUGGUGAUGCAUGGAAAUGACUAGAAAAUGGAAUAGAUUGAUAAUCUGAAAAUGUACACUUUAUAUUGUAAAAAGUUAUUUCAAAUGAUAUACGUAAAAGAUAUUUCAAAUACACAAUAAAACAAAGAAAAAAAGAACUAAGGCCAGGUAAUAUAUUUUCGUCGUUUGCAUUUGAAAUUACAAUGUAAUUGAAAAGAAACUUUUAUUUGUAAUUUUGUUUAUUUCGUGACUCCACUGUGCGGAACUACUGUGCUUUUUUAUACAUUUUUUUCACGUAUUAACACCCUUUACAAAAAGAAACAAUCGAAUCAAGUGAAAGUGGAUAAUGCAAUGUUCAGUUAAUUGUUGUCCGCUCCAACCCCACCCCGGCAUGGUGACGACGAGUUUAUCCCUCGCAUUGCCGGGUUAAUGCACUGUUUAAUAUAUAUUGGUGCCAAAAACCAAGUGUAUCUGAUCUGAAUAAUAACCAUCUGACUGUUUCCGCAGAGCAGGGCUUUGAAAAUCAAGGAAUCUAUUAUGGCAGGGAUGUAGGUUGUCAUUGACUGGUAAAUAAAUACUUGUGUGCUUGGUCAGGCCUCUAGGAACAAACAGAAAUAGCCUUAACUCAGCUUCGCCGACCAAAGUUCAAUAUUUGCCAUUUAUUUUGAUGAAUGCCGACGAAUUUGUUAAUUGGAAAUAUAUAAUGUCAUAUUGUUUUACAUGUAAAAUUGUUGACGUAUUAAAGUCAGUAAUAAAUACUAUAAUUCUCAA